UCAUGACUGGGAAGGGGCUGGUCAUCUACCCGGAGAUUGGGGAUAAACUGGACAUUAUCUGCCCCAAGGCGGAGCCGUCCAAGCCUUACGAGUACUACAAGCUGUACCUGGUGAAGAAGGACCAGGCAGAUGCCUGCAGCACCGUCAUGGACCCCAAUGUGCUGGUGACGUGCAACCGGCCCGAGCAGGAGAUCCGCUUCACCAUCAAGUUUCAGGAGUUCAGCCCCAACUACAUGGGCCUGGAGUUCAAGCGGCAGCAGGAUUACUUCAUCACAUCCACUUCCAACGGGACGCUGGAUGGCCUGGAGAACCGGGAAGGAGGGGUCUGCCAGACGCGCUCCAUGAAGAUUGUCAUGAAAGUGGGGCAGGAUCCGAACGCAGUGAUCCCAGAGCAGUUGACAACAAGUCGGCCGAGCAAGGAGUCCGACAACACCGUGAAAAUCAUCACACAGAGCCCGCGCAGCAAGGUCCCCGCGGUGGAGGAGCCCGGCAAGCCGGGCUCUGUCAACCAGGAUGGCCAGGAGACCCAAGGUCCCAGCGAUGGCUUCUUGAGCUCCAAGGUGGCCGUCUUUGCGGCGAUUGGUGCCGGCUGCGUCAUCUUCAUCCUCAUCAUCAUCUUCCUCGUCGUCCUCCUGAUCAAGAUCCGCAAGCGGCACCGGAAGCACACGCAGCAGCGAGCCGCAGCCUUGUCCCUCAGCACCUUGGCCAGCCCGAAAUGCAGCGGGAACGCGGGCUCCGAGCCCAGCGACAUCAUCAUCCCCUUACGGACUACAGAGAACAACUACUGCCCGCACUACGAGAAGGUGAGCGGGGACUACGGGCACCCCGUCUACAUUGUCCAGGAGAUGCCCCCCCAGAGCCCAGCCAACAUUUACUACAAGGUGUGAGGAGCAGCCUGGGCAAGCCGCCGAUGCAGGAGCACGGGAGCGCCGAGCGCGGGGGGCAGCUGCCCCCCGGGUCUCCCCACGGGCGGUCUGGCGCCGGGAGGGAGGAAGUGAAACGAACCCCACGGCACGGCGCAGGGAGCGCCAGGGUCCGGCGCCGGAGAGCGGAUGGCUCACUCGCGUGCUGAUUCUCCCCUUUGUAUUUAGUUUUGUAGUUCUCAGCUUUUGUAAUCCCGAGACUUGAGGGUGAGCCUUCAGCAUCCUCCUCUUCUUCUCCAGACUGUGGCCGGCCGGGGGGUGGGCGCUGUGCCUUUCCGUGCUCGGCUCGGGCCCCGCCAUCAAACCCGGAGACUCCACCUCCCCUUUUCGUUUUGGGAUUUCUCUGCGUCACCCAUACGUCCUUGUGUGAAUGCCCGUGCGGCCUGGCGCCGCAUCAG